CUCCACGUUCGGUAGAUUACCGAUGGAUUACAACUGAUGAACUUUUGGAACCGGAAAAUCCAAUGGCUGGCCUCAAAGAGGUGGAGAACCUCCGCUCCGCUUCCUCAAAACGAGCUGCCCAACUCCCAACGACAACCGACCUUCAAUCAAAUCCACUGGAGAAGAUAUAAAAGCACGAGCACAGGCAACGGUCCGGCCGCCGAAAGGGAAAGUUUCCAAGAUGUCGUUCGCGUCAGCUACGGCAGUCGCCGUCCUCCUCCUCCUACUCCAACUCGCCUGUAUAUACUGUGUUUACAUUGCACAUGUGCCCCCCGCCAUUACCAAUUGGAAAAGCAAAUGGAUAUACUUUGGAGUGGCGCUCGUCUUCUCCGACUUAUCGCUCACCAUCCUCGCCAUUAAUGUCGUGUUGUUCGGAGUGGCAGCCGGUUGUCAUGUAUUUGAUGACACCUCGAAAGCAUUGGCGGUCAUAACCGAGGUUGCCUUCGCCGCGAACGUCCUCGCGCUGCUGGGGAGCGCUGCGGUCGGUCUGGUGACCGCCAAGCGGGUAAUCGACAAAGAGCUGCAAAAGAUGCAGAACGAAGGGCAUUCCGGCGCAAGCAAAAUCAAGAGAGGGUCGUUGCUGUCGUACAUCACCAGCAUCCGUUUCAUCUUCGCCUCGCUUCUUCCAUAUUGGAGACCCCUGGGUCUCACCAUGCACUCGAACAUCACCUACUUGACUUCGGAAGAAAUGUCCUCACUCGGCAUAACUGAUGCCACCGAGCAGUUCGUACAACUUGAUGUCAUCACUUCCAAUAGCAACAAAAAGGCUCGUACAUCACCUACCCAUCCUCGGCCAGUUUUCAUGUACAUCCACGGCGGCGCGUGGUCUAUGGGCGAUAAACAAAAACUCGUGACCCCCAUAUGCUGGCAUAUGGCUCAACAAGGCUGGGUGGUGGUCAACAUCAACUACAGGAUGAAUCCUCUUGUCAAGUAUCCCGAGCAUCUCAUCGACUGCAAAAGGGCUUUGAGGUGGAUUCGGUUGAACAUUUCUAAAUUCGGAGGCGACCCUGCAUUCGUGGUAGUCAGCGGCGGAUCUGCAGGAGGCCAUCUUGCUAGCAUGAUGGCACUCACACCGAAUGAACCAAGCUUCCAGCCCGGUUUCGAGUCCAUCUCCACCGAAUUGUCCGCUUGCGUACCGUACUAUCCGGUAGUGGACGUUACCAACGCAAGUGGUUAUCCACAAGGCGACUUCGGCCUCUGGUUUGCAACCUCAGUUUCGGGAUUGGCGCGUUACGACGAAGCGUGGCUCAGAAAGAACGCCUGUCCCAUCUCCCUCGUACCGGGACAAACCAAGCCCGGCGAGGUGGUGGACGGAUCGAAAGCAAAGAUUCCUCCCUUCCUCAUCUUCCAAGGACACAAUGAUAACAUCGUCCCGCAUCCUACCGUCAGAGCUUUCGAAAAGAAGCUGCGGGCGGUCGAGACAACGGUGCCUCCACAUGCUCACGACUCUUCCCUCUCGAGCACCGCGAGUCACAGAGCUGCCAUAUACAUGGAGUUCCCGUACGCCCAUCAUGCUUUUGAUGUGUUUAUCAACCCUCGGACAAAUCUUGUGAGCUGGACAGCUGGACAAUAUCUCAACGGGAUAUAUGCAGAGUGGGAGUCUACCCAGAACAAUAUUUCCAUGAGCAAGUUGUUAGAUUCCUGUGAUAGAUGGCGUUGAAAUGCGUCAGAAAUUCACAUGUUGUCAAAAUCCCGUCAAUCGUGGACCCAGAUCUCCCCCGUUCAUGGUUUGGGGCGGUUCGGGACACGAGCCCGUGAGGGCAGAGACACGACAUUAGCUUUGCACAA